AUGCGUUUCCUAGUAUUAUUGGCAUUUCUCGCCACGGCCCAUGCACGUGCGGUGAACAUCAGCAAUACGUGGGUACUUCCCGAGGAAGGUUUCCCGGUAUUUUACCGCUAUUUCAGAGACCGUAUCUCUUGGUAUGAAGCUGAUGCCGUUUGUCAAUUUCAUCAUGCGAAUUUGGUCACGGUUGACACUACAGCCCAAUACGAUGCAGUUAGGGCGUAUCUUCGAGAAUUGGAUAUUUCUAGCGCUGUUUGGGUUGGAUUAAUUAGAAGUAAUCCAGAAGGGGAUUUUACUUGGACCGAUUACCGUGGAUUGAGCGGUGAUGGUUACUGGAGUUCUGCACCUGAUCCACGCACCGCGCCGCUUUGUGCCGCCGCCGAUCCCACCGCAGACUACCGCUGGGAGGCUCGAGCCUGCGGCGGGCCCACUGUGGCUUCGUUCAUCUGCGAGUUGCCAGUACCACAGUGGGCACUUGGCAAGGAGGGAUGCAUGGUUCGAGCCUUGCCUGCAUUGACUAUUUUGUAUUUACCUGAAAGUGCAGCAGUUCAGCUCACGGCGGAUUGUGGACUCGCCGGUGUGAAGCGAAUCCAGUGCACUGGCAAUGUGAAGCGGGAAGACCUUCUUAGAGAUCUAUCGUGUACUGAAGAAGUUGAGUCAUCAAGUUCAUUAAAUAAUAUGUCAACAAUAAAUAGUAGUACAACGGCUGAUGUUACAGCAAUUACAGAAAAUCUAGAAAUAACCAAUGGU